AUAUAAUCAAAUGGCUAGCAAAGUGUCAGGAAUGUUUUGGACUUGGGUGCAUUCUUCAACAGGACCUAAAACUACACAUUUUUGGGCUCCAGUAUGCAAUUGGUUUUUCCCAAUUCAAGCAUUGUAUGAUUGGAAUAGAGACCCUGCAAAAAUUAGCAAGGAAAUGCAAUGUGUUUUAGUUUGUAAGAAUACUUGAAUAAAAUAGGUUAUUCAUCAUUGUUUAUGAGAUGGGCACUAAGAAUAUCUCCACAAAGUUAUAUUCUGUUCUGCAUGCAUUUGUUUAAUGCAACUUUAUAGGGAAGAUUAUUAUUAAGAAGAUUAAUGUGGGAAUCAAGUUAAUAAAAAGCCAUUGAAGACAAACCAACUAAUUGAUUGUCUAUUAAGAGAAAUUUAUAUAUAUAUAUAAA